GCGAGGUUUGGCCGCAGCGACAGAAGAUGGAUAGCAUCGUGAGUAGAUCGAUCGUUAGCUAACGCUGAACCCGGAGAAAAGCCUCGUUCUGCCGGAUCCACGUCCACAGCCCCUCGCUCCCCGGAGGAUCCAGCCGGAGGGACCACGCUGGACCGGACCCACCGGCUCUUAGGGGGGGAUAAUCGGUCUGUCUGUGCCCCGCACGUCGGUGAACCAGCCGAGGCUAACAAGCUAGGUGGCUAACAUCCGUCGGAGGGUGAAACCAGGAAGGAGUUUCUGAGGACGAGCAGCGCCAGGAGCCCGGCCUCAGGCGGCUCUUCUCCCGCGGACACUUAAAACCAACCCCGGGUACACAUCCACAUCUCCCCGGGAGAAAGGACAAUAAUAUUUAAAUUGACCUGAGUGCAAAGAUGUCGAAGGCUCCAGACGCUCGCGCUCAGUCCCGCUCCAGAUCCAGGUCCAGAUCCAGAUCCUACUCCAGAUCUCGAUCCAGGAGCCACUCCCGCUCAAGAUCCAGGAAACGUCGCUACAGCUCCAGGUCUCGGUCCCGCUCUCGUUCUCACACUCCCUCCUACAGAAACUAUCCGAGCAGGGACUAUCAGAACAACAGAGGCGGCGGCUUCAGAGGCUACAACCGCGGCUACAGGAGGCCGUUCCACUACAGACCCCGCAACCGCGGCUAUUACAAUCGUGGUCACUACCAGAACCGAGGAGGCGGUGGUUACAACCAUAAAUCCAACUGGCAGGGUGGUGGCGGAGGUGGAGGCGGCGGCGGAGGCUGGCACGAACGCCACCACGACCAGGACCACCACUCGCACAGUCCCAGGAGGGGGCGCUCCCGCUCCCGCACUCCCAAGAAGCGCUCCGGCAGCCGGAGCCGCUCGCACUACUCCGAGCGCUCGUCGUCGGGCAGAUCUCAGCGCUCCAAGCACUCCAGCGAAUCCUCUCGGUCCAGGUCCUCAUCCCCACGCCAUCGCAGCAACAAGAGCAAGCGCGGCCCCAAGGAAGCCAAAGACAAGCUCGCCGAAAGUCCACCAGAGAAACCAGGGCACGCCGCGGACGGCAGCGCUAUUGAGAAAGCAUCCGGGGGGAAAUGGAUCGACUAUGACGCCAGCCCCAAACGUGCUAACCUUAAGAAGGAGGACGCUCUCAGUGGCUCUGAGACGAAGGGACCCAGCAGCAGCGGUGGUCCUCUGUGGAAAACCAUCGGCAGCGAGACCCCUCCACCCAAGAGCCCCAGCAAGUCGGAACAAACCGCCUCCUUCGGCGGCUUCGGGUUCUUCUCAAACGAAGAAGCCAAGUCUGGAGAUAAGACUGUGAUCUCUGCUGCCUUCAAAAAGUUCUUGGCUGAGAAUAAAAACAAGCAGGCCGCUGAAAGGGAGAACGGUCGUGAGAAGGAGCAAAGCAGCGAAGACAGAGACCUCGAGAAAGGCAGCAAGCCCGGAGACCUUUUCAGCAUGUCGUCCUCUUUCGCCAAGGAAGACAAGACGCAGCCCUUCUUCGAUGCUGGAGAAGAGGAGUUCCUCAAGUCUCACGGCCUGAAAGACCAGGACAUUGACGAGGACGGCGAGAACAAACCCACCCUGACGGCUCGCGACAUUUUCGGGAAGUGGGGGGACGAGCCAACCUACACCACGUCCUACCCGUCCGUGAAGGAGAAAACCCGCAGGGAUGAAGAAGAGGUUGAGCCCAUCGAUCACAUGGAGGAGGAUAUGUACCGGAGCCGCAAGCACAGCUCGAAGAAGGAGGAGAAGUCCAAGAAGAAGGAGAAAAAGGAGAAGACCCGGAGAAGUCCGUCCCCGGCCACGUCAACAUCUCGAGAGAAAGAGCGCCCCCUAUUUCCUGGAGCGUUCCCUCCUCGUGAGGACUCGCCCGUGCGCCUGUCAUGUUCGAGGGAGGAGUUCGAGCUCAAGUUCGGUUCUUCAGAUGAGCUGCCCAGUGUCCCUCACUCAUUCUGUUCUCUCAGCUCCUCUGCGUCUAAAGAUCGCCUCGUGCCCCGGGAUCUGCUGAAUGUCUCCAAGAAAGAUCCGGAGUUUCGUUCCACUUUCCAGCACAUUCAGGCAGCACAGCUCCGCCGCAGCCCGUCCGAGCUGUUUGCUCAGCACAUAGUCUCCAUCGUGCACUAUAUCAAAGCUCAACACUUCCACUCGUCAGACAUGACUUUAAGUGAGCGGUUUGCCAUGUACCAAAGAAAAGCGGCGGAGGUAGAAAUGAUGAAGCCAAGGAAGAGCCCAGAAAUCCACAGGAGAAUCGAUGUUUCCCCCAGUGCCUUUAAGAGGCACUCUCACCUGUUUGAGGAUAUGGAGGAGGCGAGCUACAAGGAUCCGACUAAAAAGUUCAAAGGUGAUGUGAUGGACCUUCGUCUGGAUAUUGAAAGACGCAAGAAGUUUGCAGUGAAAGGAGCCAGGAGCCCGGGAGACUCCCGAGGGCCGAGCAGAGAAAAGUCCUCUGAGAAAUCUGGGAAACACCACAAAAAGUCCAAGAAGGGAAAGAAGAAGCGUGAUCGCUCCCCGUCCUCCUCUUCCUCCUCGUCCUCUCCAUCCCCUUACCCUUCACAUUUCAGAGGUAAACCCUACAUGGGCGAGGGGAUGGAGCAGUCGGAGGAGGGCUACCCUCACCCACGUUAUCCCCCCAGGGACUGCGGGGGUCCCGGGGAUAGAGGCCCCCGGGAAUACGAGGGCCACGCCCCCGACAGAGGCCGAGGUCGUGGAUUUUUCCCCAGAGUGAGAGGACGAGGUUGGAACAGAGGAAAUUAUCCAGGCAACAACGGCAAUGGAAAUCCUGCUAAUAUGAAUCCUCCAGUGCGCCCCCCCGAGGAGGAGUGGGACCCUGAGUAUACACCCAAGAGCAGGAAGUAUUACCUGCACGAUGACCGUGAUGGAGAGAAAACCUGGAUUGACAACCGCGGAAGGGGGCGGGGCUCCUUCCCGGCUCGCCGCGGCCGCUUCGUCUACCGGAAGGGAGGCAGCAGCCCAAAGUGGACGCACGACAUGUUCCAGGGAGAAGAGGGGCGGGACAUGGGAGACGACGGCAUAGAGGUGGAUCACAAAGACGUGAAGGGCGGCGGGGGCGGCGGUGGAGACCACGGUGGCGAGCGCGACCCCCCCGGCCCGAAGCAGUGACCUGCUCCCCUCCAUCCUCCCAUUUUUAUCAGCGUGUCCGAGUCGUGGUGAAGGGGUUCUUUCUUUCUUCUUUGUUUCUCCCCUCGAAGUCAUCUCAUGGUUUAACGGUUAAAAUGUGUUUUAGUUUGAGUGACACCUUGUUACUGACUAGACCGAGAAAGCAGUGCUCUGUUUGUGCAGCUGUUUACAGACGUGAACCAGACCCAAUGUUUACCGGACAUUUUCCGGAGAGUUUGCCGUUCGACUCGCAAAGAACGCAGCGGGAGAUUCGUCCUGAGAGGUGAGCAGGAAAUGUUCAGAGCAACCGACUCGGACAUUUGCGUUCUCUCUGUGAACUCCGAGGAAAAUGUCCGGACCUCAUUGUGCGUCUGAAAGCAGCUUCUGUAAGAUGAGUGUGUGUUUCUUCUUUUUUUUUUUACAAGACAGUGAGUUUGAUCGGUUUCCUUUUGCUGCCGUGUCUUCGUAAACGAGCGAUUACCGAGGCCACCAAGUUUAAAGACAGAUAUUCUUGAAAAAUAUUGAAAUAAGAAAGGAGUUUGUGCCUUAGAAAAUAAAAAAUACUGUGCUCAUGUGAUCUGUUUAAAAGGUACAGGAAGGCAUUCUGUUUUUGUUUUGUUUUCUGUUUUUGGCGCCGUGAUAAAUCUUUGACGUGGCUGAUGUGUUUGAUUCGUAACUCGCUCCAUGGGACCAAUCAGUGGUGGGAACCUGACCCGUGACUCGUCAUCGACACACCAUCAUACAACGUGAACAUUUCUCUGUUAAACCCGCGGACGCUUGAUGUUAGUCGCUGUUAUCUGAGCUGUUUCACUUCACCUUGAUUCCCCUCGUUAGGAGGUGAAGACAUUUUAUAUGUGUUCUACAUUAUAUUCUCAUCGAUUUGUGAUUUCAGUUAAAAAAAAUUAAAAUUAAAAGAAUUGGCACAAAAAGAAAAUCUGAUUUGCUUUAGACACGUUAGGUUUUCCUGCCUCUGUGAUAUCAGUGUAGGUGAGUGGCAACGUUUGUUUAGACUUUUAAUCAAAAGAAAUAGUGCGUGUAUAGAAUUAUGCGACAUAAGUUAUUCUUAUCGUAACGUCUGAGGGAGGAAAAACAACAUUUUUUUUAAAAAUACAAACUGCAGGGAUUCUCUCGAAACAAAGACCUGCAGUUAAAACCUUGUGCUGAACCUGAAUACGUGAAGAGAAACCUGAAAAUCUGUGACACGACAUUUUUUCAAGUAGCAAAAUACGAACCUGUUCAUUCGAAGCGUCGACACAAGCUAGAAGUAGUUUUUGUGGAUCCCACUUCUUCGUUGUCUCACUUUUGACUGUACAUAGUGCAUGUACUAAACACAACUGUAGGACUGUAUCAUUUGUUUUUUUGUUUAAUCAAAAGUUCAAGACUUUUUUUACUGUUCUCAAGAGCUUUGAAUUACUUGUCUAAUAAAUUUUUCUUUGAUUCAGGGCAAA